AAGAGAGCUUCGGCACACAAAAGCUCCGCGGCGCAAGUCUGCGAGCCUCCAAGAGGCCAGUCGGGCCUAGCUGCGCGCUCACUGCGAGUCGUUGCUCUUUUCAAGCUCCAGCUCGAUUCUACAUGUAAAUACGCCUCUUGCUGCACAUAUACGUACAUCGGGCUGCCGCUCACAAGCCGGCAAACGCCGAAAGUUCGCCUUUUUUCACCACGAUCGGAUUUUGACUUUCAUCUCUGGCCUUUUACGAUGCGCCAUUCGGAGCUUCCUCGUUGCAACUUGAGCUGCUUAUAAUCAGGUGAGGAUAAUACCGAAAGAAGCGCGGAGACUGGCAAUUACUUCACAUAUUCAGUGCGCUGCACAAUAGUCCUAUAAACAGGCUUCGAAUCGAUGAGGUAGUAUGAGCCAUAGCGUCGUCGUAGCUUACGCGCAGCAGGCAGGCCGGCAACGAUGAGCCAGUACACGGCCGACGUGCAGGCCUUGCAGACCCUGACCGUCCACACGAGCGACAUCAAUUCCGUGGACUUUGCCGGCGACAGUAUCCUCGUCACCGGCUCCGGGGACAAAAAAGUUCGAGUUUGGGAAUGGCAGCAAGGUCAGGGUUUCAUCGAGGCGGCCUUCUCGCCGUUCAUCGGACACAAGUAUGGCAUCACGUCGGUCAAAGUCAGUCCGCAAUCGACGAUGCUCGCUUCGGCCAGCAUUGACGGGACCACCCAACUCUGGAACUUGCGGUCGGGAUCGAAGAUUCACACUCUGGUGCAGGCGGGCGGCGAGGCCGUCCGAGUCUGUAAGUUUUCACCGGACUCGUCGCUGCUCGUGACCGCCGGCGACAAUGGACAAGUCUGCCUCUGGGAUCUGGUUCGUCGUACGCUCAUCAGAUGCUUUCAGCGGCACGAGGGCGCGAUACAGUGCAUCUGCUUCACGCCCGACUCCAACUGGCUGCUGACGAGCUGCACCCUGGGCGUACUGCAGCUGUUCUGCUGCAACGAGAUCAUCGAGUCGUGCCCGUCGCGCAGCCAGUUCAUCAACACGUACGCCCAGGUGGACGACGCGCACGACCUCGGCGUCGUCUACUGCGACUUCUCGCCGGUCCAGGAGGCCACGAGCAACGAGCCCUUCUCCAAGCUCUACCAGCUGCUGACCUGCGGCAACGACAAUCGCGUCAAGCUCUGGGAGGUGAAGGUGAUGCAGGACAAGGUCGAGGCCCAGCCGAUGAGCGCCUCGAUCGAGCUCUGUCGCGUCCUCGAGAAGCACAGCAGCGCCCUCACCUGCGUCCGCUUCAGCAGCAACGGCAUGUACGCCGCGAGCAGCGGCCUCGACAAGACCUGCGUCGUCUGGGAGAUUGGGACCGGCAGAGUCGUGUCCGUCCUCACGGGCCAUAGUCGCUACGUCGCCUGUUGCGCUUUCUCCAAAAACGGAAACAUGCUGGCCACGGGUUCGAACGACAAAAAAGUCAUCGUCUGGGACCUGACGGGAAAUCUGAGUCUGGACUCGGAGGUGCUGCGUCAUAACGGAGGCGUCAAGCUGCACAACAGCGAGAAGAGCUUGAUUCAGGAGACCGACGUGGUGAAGCACGCCGAGACCAGCGGCAACGACGUCAAGCUCAUACAGAAGCUCGACGAGCACAACGGGGCCGUCAACUCGGUCUGCAUGUUCGGCAACCGACUCGUCGCCUCGGCCUCCAGUGACAAACUCGUGCGCGUCUGGAGCGUCAAGUACGACGAGGAGGGCGAGUCGAUGGACGUGUUCCAGGAGAUGAGCUACAAUCCACUCGACGGCCACACGUUCAGCGUGAACUUUGUCGAGUUCAGCCCGUGCGGCACGAAGCUCGCCUCCUGCUCGAUGGACGGCAACACCAUCAUCUGGGACAUCGAGACGGGCACGCAGGUGCGUACGUCCUUCGUGAACUCGGGCACGGCGGUGCGGGUCUGUCGCUGGUCGCCGGACGGCAGCAAAAUCGCCACCGCCGGCGACGACGAGAAGACCAUCGUCUGGGACUUGGAGACCAUGGACGAGACCAGCGAACCUUUCAGCGUGUUGGAGGGCCACGCCGAAGCCAUCACGGCGAUCGCCUUCACGCCGGACUCGCGCUACAUCGCCACGGCCUGCAACGAGGGCACCUGGCGCCUGUACGACGCCCGAGCUCAGGAGCCGGGCCCGGCCCUCCUCUGCUGCGACUCGAGCCACGACCUCGGCGUGCAGAGCUGCGACUUCAGCCCCACCACCGGGCCCUUCACCAUGACCGGAUCGAGGGACGCGAGCUCGGGCGCGGGCAAGGAGUGCUACCUGCUGGCCAGCUGCGGCAACGACUCGCUCAUCCGCCUCUGGAAGAUCAUCGCCAUCGACGAGGAGCUGGCCCAGCUGCAGCAGGCCAACUCGGCCGGUGGCAGCGGCAGCAGCGCCAACUCGUCCGAGCGCCUGACCUUCAGGCCGAGGCGCCAGUUCGCCGGCCACGGCGGCAACGUCAUGUGCGUCAGAUUCUCGCCGGUGCACGGCGAGAUCCUCGGCAGCGUCGCGACCGACAGGACGGCUCGACUUUGGAGCGUUCACACUGGGAUUUGUCUACAUGUUCUCGAAAACCACGAAAGUCUCGUGACCACUUGUGCCUUUUCCGAAGAUACCUCCUUCUUUUUGACGGGGGCCUUGGACAAGACCGUAUUGAUUUGGAAGCUUCCGGAUCAGUUGGUCUCCCAAAGUAUUCUCAUCGAUCGCUUGAGAAACACUAGAAAGAAGGUGGCAGAUUGGGCCGUUGACGACGUGGCCAAAUGGUUGAUCGAGGUAGACCUACCGGAUCUGGUAAAGAACAUCCAAGCGCUUUCUAUAAACGGACGGAUGUUACUGCGGAUACCGGUCGAAAUAAUUGUCGCCAAAUUACAAUUCGAUCACGGCGAAGAGGUGCUGGAAGCUUUUCGCAAGCAACUCUAUUGGUUGAAAUGCGAAGAUAGCAAUACAUUCAACAUCACCGACGAGACCGAAAUUCCGGACGAAUUCCUCUGCCCUAUAACUCACGAAAUAAUGCGGGAACCAGUUCAAUGUUCAGAUGGAUUUACGUACGAGCGAGCGGCGAUAAACGAGUGGUUCCUCUGCGGUAAAUUUACCAGUCCGAUGACGAACGAGCCACUGGCUACCACAGGCCUCAUGACCAAUGUGCAGCUCCGAAACGCAAUAUUUACUCUUUUACACGGCGAAGGUCCUAAUGCGGGCUAAGCUAUAUAUGUGAAUAAUUGUCACGAACACGUUCAUAUACUUAAUGGAAUCGCAUUUAUACUCGAGUUUUUUCAUCAAACGGCUGUGCUGAUGCGCGACCAAAUGCCGAAUGACAUUGCAAAAAGUUUAUUCGACCUAUGCGAAAAUAUGUAAGUAGUUUUCCAAGAGCCCUAAUCCAACUUCUUGUUUGCAUUGUAUUGUGAUGAUAGUCUGUUAUAUAUCAUGCAGCUUAAUUUUACAAUUGAUUUAUCACUAAUCUAUUUAUUGAAUCCUAAUUACGUCUAUAGGCAAAGUAUUUCUAUUUCUAGUAUUUAAAAGCCUCGUGACAUGAAUAUUAUUCUAGACCAUUUUUUUAAUGUCAAUAUCAAAUACUUGACAAACCACUACUAUAAAAAAGCAAAUAAAUUAUCUACAAAUAUUUUUGAUAUGCUAUAUUAUAUAUGCACAAAGGCAUUCAAAUAAACAAAAAAGUUUCAUUAAAAUCUGAGCACCAAUCAAAUUAAAAAAAUUCAAAUGUGUGGUAAUACCAUAUAAUUCAAUAUCUACCGAAUAAAAUGUACUUGUUGAAGAGCUUUUAAAACAUUCAUUUUCUUUUUUUUUUUUUUGUUUCAAUUUUUCACAAUUUAAUUACUAUCAUUUCCAAAUCUAUAGAAAAAUCUAUCUAUCUAUGAAAAAAACUAAUGAUAAAAUGUUAUUGACUGUAAAAAUUUUAUGCUGUUGUUGAUCAUAAAUUGAAAUAAAUAUAAAUCCAGAUACCUGAUGCAGAGCAGAGUACAAGUUGAUAAAAAAAUAACUCUUAUAGUCUAUAAGUUCUUUUUGAUGUGUAUGAAAUUAUACAUGCAACUAUACUAUUUAUAAUCACUGAUUUUUUACAUUACUAAACAACUAUUCAUAAAAUAGGUGUAAAAAAUAUUUUAGUCCAGUCUGAAAACAUGAAUAAGUAUAUAAAACUUCUGACAUAUGAUUUUUAUGGGCUAUAAUUAUUAUAGUAAAAUAAGACUAAAAAUAUUGAUGUGAAUUUUCCUAAUCUUAUACGAUACAAUCAAAAUUAUUAGUAUAUUAAAUGAUGAUUAAAAUGACACGUCGAAUAAUCUUCGAUCGUGCAUACAACGUACCAAAAAAUGUAUUUCUGCUAUUAAAAUAUAAUUGAAUACCAAGCAAUGUAUUGAUCAUAUUAAAACAAAAUAAUAAGAAAAAAAUAACGCUAAUAAGAGGGUGUGUAAUGUUUACUACGAUCACUCUUUUACACGAAACUAAUCUUCUAUAAUGGAUUUAAUGAUUAUAAAUAUGCGCGAUGAAUAAAAAGCAUUGCGUUAAAAAGAAGCAUUUUUACGUAUUAUACACCUUUUGAAAUUGUACAUACGAACGGUUUCUAGUUAAUUGAUUGUGAUACGUAAGCUAAGUUAAUAAAAAUAGAAUUAUUCAUGUGUAAUAAUCACUUUUUACCAUUUCUUUUUAGUGUACAUGAUAAAUAACGAGCUGCUAGAUCUGAAACUAAUGGAUAUUUACUAUUUUCAAGUUUAUAAUGAAAUUAGAUUAAAAAAAUGAACGCAUUAGGCAAUUAUUACACUUUUUCAGUACCGUACAGUAAAGUAUCCAAAUUAACAAAGCUUAACAUUAAGGAAAUUUCAAAAAUAAAAUAAAAAAGGCCUUCAUUUAGUUGCUAUUUGGAUAUGCACGAAGCUUCUAAAAAAAUCAGUAGAGAUCUGCGCUCUUAAGUGUAGAGAUCUUAGCAAAAAUAAACACGUUUGAAAAUUUGUAUUUUCACUCUGGCCUUGGCAACCCCAUAAUUGAACUCGCACUUUAGUAUAUAAUACUGCCAAUUCGUUAAACUAUGUAAAUGUAACGACUGUGAGUCGUCCAAAAUUACGAUUUCUUCGUCUAGCAUGAUUUGUCACAUAUACUUAUUAUAAAACCAAUUUACUCUUGCAUAUAGUAAUUCAAAAUUGUACUCUUAUGUAGAAAUGAAAUAAAUUUUUGUUUAAAAUAGUA